AUGCUGUUCUUUCAUAAAAAAGAUCAUAAAGUCGGUACACAAUUAUCAAAAACAAAUACUUUAAAAUCCGAAGGAUACAUUAUACUAGAUCACAUAUCGACUGGAGGUUAUGGUGAAGUACAUCAUGCUAAAUAUAUUCAAGAUGAUAAGGAGUUAAAUUUAGUGGUGAAAAUUAUUGACACAAAUCUUUCAUCUAAAGAAUACGUUUCUAAGUUUUUACCUCGUGAACUUGAUGUAAUACGCAAAAUUAAUCACCCGUACAUAGUACAUACGCAUAGUAUUUUACAAAAGAAGGCGAUUUUAUUUGUUUUUAUGACAUAUGCAGAAAAAGGUAGAACAUUUAAAAUCUGUUUUAAAGACUCUAUAUUAAGACACUGUAUUAAUAUUAUCAUAUACAUACUUAAGAAUAAAACAGUUAUACAGUUGAUAUAUUUUAGAUUCUUAAAAUAUUAAUUAUUGUUAAAAAUUGUAAUUUUGAUUAAAAAGCUUGUUAAACUAUAGAAUUUAUAAAAAUAAUGCAUAUUGGUUUUUUACUUAUAAGGUGAUCUUUUUGACUAUAUAACCACCAACGGCCCAAUAAAAGAGGAUCAAGCUAGAAUAUGGUUCAGACAAGUGGCAUUAGCUGUGCAAUAUUUGCAUACUGUGGAUAUUGUACAUCGCGAUAUAAAAUGUGAAAAUAUUCUCAUCACAAAGAAUUUUACAGUGAAAUUAUCGGAUUUUAGCUUUUCAAAGUUCAUUAAAAGAGCUCAAAGAUUAAAUUGUAAUACACAUUGUUGUUCAGUGUGGUAUGCACCACCAGAAGUAUUGAGUUUACGUCCAUACGAUGGCAAGUCUUCUGACAUAUGGUCACUUGGAGUGGUGUUAUAUAUUAUGAUUUACGCGAAAAUGCCUUUUAGUAAAAACGAUACUAAGCGAAUGUAUCAACAACAAGUAUCCAUAUAAUAGUAACACAUAAAUUAAAUGUAUAUGUAUAUUAUCAUUUUAUUAUUGAAGGUUAAACGAGAAUGGUGUCAUCAUCCUUCUAUUGGAAAUUUGAUUAGCGAAAAUUUAAAAACAUGUGUGGAUAAUAUUUUACAACCAGAACCAAGGAAACGUUGGGUUAUCAAUAAUAUUUUGGAAAGUGAUUGGAUAACAAUGAAUCUAGGGCUGGUUAAAAUGAAUGAACAGGAAUCAAUGGCUCUUAUCGAAGCUCAAAAUUUACACAAAUUGGAUAAUCAAAAACAUUUAAAAAAAAUAGAAGCAAAAAGAUCAGGUACUCAACAAAUCUUGAACAAGCAAUUACCGAGAUUUUUUAGUGAAGUACAAAAAAUGGAAUUAAAAUCCAAUAUGAGUAAAAAAUAUUCAAAAGGUGUAUUGAAGCGACCAAGUCAUUAUUCAAUUAGUCAUUUACUAGAAACCACGAACUUGAUGAAACGAUAA